AUGGAGCCUGAAAGGAAGCCUCUGAGCUUGCUCGAGCUAUGCUUCCGGAGCGCCGUCGACAACCUCAGGUACAUGAACAGCGUGGACAACUUGGAGAUGGGCCUGCUCAAGAGAAUCCUGCCCCACUGCACCUUGGAGCAGCUGACCCACAUCGAGAGCUGUACAGAGAUGGACCUUACCGGCGUCACUGAUGUGUUGUGGAAGAGGUUCUUCCAGCGGGAAUUCGGUGAGGCUGACAUGAACGUUGCCAUCAAGAGAAUGAAGGAGAGCGGAGUGCGUUACAAGUGGAAGAAACUGUUCGAGGAAAAAACAGAAAAGCAAAAGCAAGUAGAACAAAGAAUGUCUGCGGGACUCAGAAACAAAUAUGAAGCAGCAAACGCUGGGUUUUGUAUUGAAAAUAAUGUUGUAAAAGUUCUUGGUGCUCGUUUGUUCUGUCUAUCUACAAAAUUCCCUGAACCUUUCAAACCGAAUAAGCCACUAUUUUUUGAGGCACCUAUUCCCCCUAAAGAGUUUCAACAGACUUCGGGAGAUAUACCCCCUUUGACAUGCGGGUACUCAAUAUGCUGGGAUAAAUCUGGUGUGCAUGAAGUUAUUUUAGGAACAACUGGGAGGAAACAAGGCACAUCUUCAAAGGCAGCAUCCUUACCCUCCACCGAGUCAUUGCUCUGCAAGAUAAGAUUGGCAGAGGCCUUCAUAUCACUUGAACAUCCAUUAGUCACAAAAUUCCAUCACGAGAAGAUUGCUUAUCGUGCAAUUAAGGAUAUGGCUUGUGAGUAUCAGCAGAUGCUUGAGCUUCUUAGAAAGGCCCCAUUUUUUGGCAGAUGGCGUGCUAAGCCAGGAUCCGUUGAUUCGCUUAUAGUUUUACGGUGAUGACCAGAUCUUGAGGUUCUAUGCUGCGUCGUAGAGGCUGGUUCUUGAAGUUUCUUGAUUUCACCACAAUUUUAGCAGUUUUGUGUACGAGCUCUUUCAGCUUAUUUGUACCAUGUGGGCUUCUGCACAAUACUGAAGUUUUGAACAGUGGUAGCCUGUAACAAACCUAUAAAGCCCUAUGAUGUUUGGCACCAUGAGGUGUUUAUAU